CCUAGAUCAACAUAAUGUCAACAACUUUGACAGCAAUAAAGAUACUAAUAAGAGAAAACUGGGUAUUAUUCUUAUAGUAUAAACUAAAUUAAUAACAUUUUUCAGCAAGAAGGAGAAACAUGGUUUCUAGAGGGCUGCUUUUCUUUUCCAACAACUUUAUUUGAUCCAUAUUACAAAUUCUUGUAAGAAAAAUGACAUUUCUAUGAUUAACAAUGCUUUUAUCUUCAUCACCAUGAUACAGUUAGUGGUUAGUGUAGCAGACAAAGGAAGUGUUGUCUCUCACAGUGGUUACAGCAGUUAUCCCUGUUGAAAUAACUGUGAGGAACACUUUCUGCAUGUUUCCACAUUAGUAACUUCUCUUUGUGAACACAGCCGCUGUCAGAAGAGGGUAAGUAUCAAGCAACCUCUGGAUACUCAUCCCUUUCUGUCUCUGUCCCAGGAUGUCCCUCCUCUGGGGUGUCAUCUCUCAUGUCCUCAGCUGGACGGGCCUCUGUCAGGUCCUGCUUGUGGCCUGUGCAGGACUGGGAGCUGUGGUUGCAGUCUGGAUGCUGAGGCUGCUGGCGCGACACGCCUGGUACACACACAGGCUGUCCUGCUUCAGGAAGCCACAUGCAAACUCCUGGCUUUUAGGCCACCUGGGCAAGAUGCAGUGCACAGAGGAAGGUCUCCUGCAGGUGGAUGACUUGGUGCAAAUAUACACACACUGUUGCAGCUGGUUCAUCGGCCCUUUCUAUCACCUGGUCCGACUCUUCCACCCCGACUACAUCAAACCUCUACUAACGGCACCUGCAAGCAUUACUGUGAAAGAUGAACUCAUCUAUGGCCAUCUGCGUCCGUGGCUUGGACAGAGCCUGUUGCUAAGCGACGGGGAGGAGUGGUCUCGCAAGAGACGGCUGCUGACCCCAGCUUUUCAUUUUGAUAUCCUGAAGAGCUACGUCGCCAGGUUUAACACCUCAACUAACACUAUGCACGAGAAGUGGCGCCACCUGGUGGCAAAGGGCACGACUAAUAUAGAGAUGUUUGACCACAUCACUCUGAUGACUCUGGACAGUUUGCUGAAAUGUGCAUUUAGCUACAACAGCAACUGUCAGAGGUCAACCAGUGAGUACGUGUCAGCCAUAGUGGAGCUGAGUGACCUGGUAAUAGAUCGUCGGCAAAAGAUUUUCCAUCACUGGGACUGGAUUUACUGGAAAACACAGCAGGGAAAACGGUUCAAAAGGGCCUUAAGCAUCGUGCACAGGUUUACCAGGGAGGUGGUCCAGAAGCGACGAGCCCUGAUCAGCCAACAGAAGAACACAGAGACAGAUUUCUCCACAGCACCACAGAGAAAGAAGGAUUUCGUGGACAUCAUACUGCUGGCAAAGGAUGAGGAUGGACGAGGCCUGACAGAUGAGGAGAUACAGGCUGAGGCCAACACCUUCAUGUUCGCAGGUCACGACACAACAGGCAGUGCCAUUUGCUGGACGCUGUAUAACUUAGCACGCCACAACCACUAUCAGGAGCAAUGCAGGCAGGAAGUGAUGGAUCUGUUGCAAGGACGAGAUACGCAUGAAAUAGAGUGGGAGGAUCUGUCCAGCCUUCCCUUCACCACCAUGUGCAUCAGAGAGUCUCUGAGGCUACACUCUCCUGUGCAGGCCGUAACAAGGAGGUACACCCAGGACAUGGCAUUGCCAGGGGAUCUGACAGUACCGAAGGGUGCCAUCACUUUGGUCAGUAUUUAUGGAACACACCACAACCCUGCUGUUUGGACAAACCCACAUGAGUAUCAGCCGCUGCGUUUUGACCCUGCAAACAAAGAGGGACAGGCCUCUCACGCCUUCAUCCCCUUCUCCUCAGGCCCCAGGAACUGUAUCGGUCAGAAAUUCGCCCUGGCAGAGCUUCGGGUUGUCGUGGCGUUGACCCUGCUCAGGUUUCGCCUGACCCCGGGGGUGAACCCUGAACUCGGGACCAGCUCUGGGGGAGUCCGCCGUCUCCCCCAGCUCGUCCUGCGUGCGGAGGGAGGUUUGUGGCUGCAAAUAGAGCCACUGGAGCCGCACAGCCUGGAGGAGUUGCAGGACGAAUGAUCCAAGAUGACGUCAAACACAAUCGCAGAAGCAUUUGCCUCACACCUGGAAGUUUAGCACUGUUCUUGUCACUGGAUUUAUGUUUAUUGUAUAAGCGUGUGUGGAUUAUGAGACAUGCAAAAGGUCCCACCAUCGCUCCUACAGAGGAGCAAGACACACAGACUGUGAGGUGGUUUUGCCAUUUUGUCUCUUUGUGGUCAUUUUGUGUCUCUUUAAGAUGAGUUUGCUUCUCUUUGACAGAAUUUUGUGUCUUUUUUUGGUCAUUUUGUGUCUCUUUAUGGUUCUUUUGCCCCUUUAGUUGUUAUUUUGUGUCUCUUUGCAGUUCCCUUUCCAUGUCUUUGUGGUCUUUUUGAGUGUCCUCCUGGUCAGUAUGUAGGCCAGGGGGGCAUCUGACAGUUUGGGCCCCUGGGCCUGUGCCUGGUAGGCCUGUUCAGUAACUAAUCCAUGUGUAUAAAUGCAUGUUUGACCUUUGUUUUUACAAAGCAAUUUGUUAGGCUUCAUUACUCUUUUUCCUAAGCUGUGAUCCAACAAAUAACUACCAAAACAUGACUAACUAAACCUGCUAAACUGCCUUCAUGACAUUCACAAGUGGAUGUCACAAAACAUCUUGCAGCUCAAUGCUGACAAGACAAAGAAGUUAGUCAUAGGACAAGGUAGUGCGAACAUUCAACCCUUUGUUUAAACAAACAUGUAAAUUCAGUAGUUCAAUCUGGUUUCAGCCAUCUCGGAAAUAUCUCCAGGAUCAGGUCAUUCCCUCCCAACAAACAUCUGGAAACUGUUAUUCAUGCAUCAUUCAUAACCAGUUGUUUAGAUUAUUGCAAUUCCUUGCUCUCUGGCAUCAGUAAAAAAUCCCUCUCCCCUCUGACCACAUCACACCAAUCCUGGCUUCUCUACACUGGUUAUCUGUUGCUUUUAGAAAUGAUUUUAAGAUUUUACUGAUGACUUACAAAGCCCUGAGAAGCCUUGCUCCAAGUUAUAUAACAGAUCUUUCACUGCCCUAAGUUCCUGCUCACGCUGAGAUCCUCAGCUACACAUUUUCUUGUUGUUCCGAGGUCUAGAUUAAUUCACAGAGGUGACAGAGCCUUUGCAGUCAGAGCUCCACGACUUUGUAUUGACCUGCCUGAGGAGAUCAGGGCUGCAAACUCAGUCUAGUCUUUUAAA